UCGACGCCCUUCGCCUUCCCCAUCGUUUUCUUGCCUUCCCCGCCAAACAAACACGAUAGGAAAGAACUCGCUCCUUCUCCGCUCUCUCCGAUCGCUCCACCAUCUCUUCGACCUCCUCGAGACCGCCGCAUCAAUCCGUGAUCCCUUCUUUCCGGCAUUCCAUUGCAUGCUGUGCUCCAGGACAAGCUCUGUUAUCUCACAAGUUUCACCUUCAAUGAAUCCAUGGUGACAUCAGAAGAAAGAGUUUCAUACACCUCAUUCUCUGAAGAAGACAAAGUUAGUCAUCAUGAUAGAGAGGAAGUUGGUUUCUUUGUUGAUCAUCACAAGAGUUAUGUGCCAAAAGUGUCAAUACCGUAUAAUCUAUAUCAAUCAUCACCAGAGCAUGACUUCCCUGAGCAAGAUGAUCCAGCUCAAGACCCUGGUUAUUCAAGUCAUCUCAGGGCUAAUCCUGAAGUAAACUUGAAGAAUGUUUUGAGCGGGUUAGUUGCGAUUCUUAUGGGCCGUAACCGAGUUAAUGGUUCUAUUCAAUCACGACAGCUAAACUCCACCUCAGAUGUAUCAUUUUUAAGUUCUGAAUUGAAUGGAGAUAGCUUUUUGCAUCCUUCAGUCUAUUAUGUACCAAGUGCACCACCCUUUGAGGUAGAAGCUAUUGCCUGUAAUGCACAUAAAGAGGUACUUGUAGCAGAUCCUCCAGAGUGGCUUCCAGAUAGUUAUUCUAGAGUCUGCAUGCAAUGCAAUUCCCCAUUCACAGCCAUUAUUCAUGGUAGGCAUCACUGCCGGUUUUGCGGUCGUAUCUUCUGCAGAAACUGUACAACGCGAAGAUGCUUGUUACCAGUCAAAUUUCGGGAGCGAAAUCCCCAAAGAGUCUGUGAUACUUGCUACGACAGGCUUGAACCAUUGCAGAGAAUAUUGAUUAUCUCGAAUAGCAAUUGCGUUCAGUCAGCUAAACAUGAUGUUACUGACUGGACAUGCAUGAGAGGAUGGUUAAAUUUACCUGUGGGCUUGUCCAUGGAAUAUGAAAUAUACAAGGCUACGAAUAUCUUGAGGAGCUAUUGCCAGGUUGAUAGGUUUGAUCCUGAGAAAUCGAUUCCCUGGGCUGUCCUUAAAAGAGCAAAAGGGCUUGCCAUCCUAACAGUAGUUAAAGUUGGUGCACUUCUUACUUACAAGGUUGGUACUGGUCUUGUAAUUUCUCGAAGGAUCGAUGGAUCAUGGUCUGCACCAUCUGCCAUUCUAUCAAUUGGUUUAGGAUGGGGAGCACAGAUUGGUGGCGAGCUCAUGGACUUUAUAGUUGUGCUUCAUGGCUCUAAAGCUGUGAAGGCAUUUAGCAGCAACAUGCAUAUUUCACUUGGUGCAGGUUUGAGCUUUGCUGCAGGACCAGUUGGCAGAGUGUUUGAAGCAGAUCUUCGAGCUGGCGACAAAGGGUCUGGCAUGUGUUAUACAUACAGCUGCAGCAAAGGUGCUUUUGUUGGGGUAUCACUUGAGGGGAACUAUGUAGCAACCAGGACGGAUACAAACUUGUGCUUUUAUGGUGAUCCUUACUUGACCACUGGUGACAUUCUCUUUGGUACUGUGGGGAGACCACAAGCUGCUGAGCCAUUGUACUUGGCAUUGGACGAGCUAUACUCAAAGCUUACAAGUUAGUCUUCCUCGAGGGAUCCCUUGUACAUAUCCAGUUCUCUCCUGGCCGCCUGGUCAUCAUAUAAUCUUUGGUGGCUGCCUACCGAAAGCCAAAAGCUGUAAACAAAUGCUUGCUGUAAUAUCCGUGGCCUACAGAUUAGAAGUGUGCAAAUUGUACAGUCAGGUAGUGUACAUAUAGCAAAAAUAAUGACAAAUCAUUUAACUGA